AUGAUGUUUUUUGACGGAUCGGCUCGUAAAGAUGGGGCGGGGGCUGGCGUAGUCUUCCUGUCACCUGAGAGACACGUAUUGCCCUACUCAUUCUCUUUAAGUGAACUUUGCUCGAACAACGUUGCAGAAUACCAGGCUUUGAUCAUGGGUUUACAAAUGGCCGUAGAGAUGAAGAUAUCGAGCUUAGAAGUAUAUGGUGACUCCAUGUUAGUGAUCAACCAAUUGUUGACCCACUACGAAGUUAGGAAGGAUGAUCUAAUUCCAUAUCACCAAAUGGCCACGCAAUUACUGGAAAGGUUUGACUUUGUGACGCUGGAGCAUGUGCCAAGAAAGGACAACCAAAUGGCAGAUGCCUUAGCCAAUCUUGCCAUUACGUUGGCGUUGACAAAAGAUGAAGCGGUGAAUCUUCCAGUUUGCCAACGUUGGGUCAUUCCAUUAACACUUGAGGCAUCGCAAGAAGGAGCCAACGUUAUCUCGGUGUUGUCCAUUGAUAUUGACGAUUGGAGGCAACCUUUAAUUGAUUAUCUUGAGCAUGGAAAACUGCCAGAUGAUUCGAGAAAUCGAUCAGAGGUACGGCAUCGGGCACCUCGAUUCAUUUAUUAUAAAGAGAUUCUAUACCGUCAUUCAUUCGAAGGCCUGUUUCUAAGAUGCUGGGGGGAAGAAGAUGCAUCCAAAGCAAUGGAGGAGGCUCACUCAGGUAUUUAUGGGGCUCAUCAAUCAGGGCCAAAGCUACAUUUCCAAAUAAAGAGGAUGGGCUACUAUUUGCCGACUAUGGUCAAGGAUUGCAUGGAUUAUAUGAAGAAAUGCCAAGCAUGUCAAUUCCAUGCCAACUUUAUACAUCAUCCGCCGGAGCCGCUACAUCCUACAAUUGCUUCAUGGCCAUUUGAUGCGUGGGGCCUUGAUGUGGCAGAAGAUGUACCUUUAAAGGAAGUGAAGAAAGAAAACGUAGUGAACUUUAUCAAAGUGAAUAUCAUUCAUUGGUAUGGUGUGCCGCGCUACAUCAUCACAGAUAAUGGAAAGCCAUUCUCGAACCGGUUGAUGGAUAAAUUGUGUGAAGACUUCGGUUUCAAACAAUGCAACUCUUCAAUGUACAAUGCCCCAGCCAACGGUCUUGCAGAGGCGUUCAACAAAACUCUUUGCAACCUGUUGAAGAAAGUUGUUGGAAUAACCAAGAAAGAUUGGCAUGAAAGGAUAAAUGAAGCAUUGUGGGCUUAUCGGACGACAUAUCGGAUGCCUACUCAGGCUACACCAUAUUCACUCGUGUAUGGCGUGGAAGCAGUCUUGCCUCUAGAAAGUCAAAUUCCAUCAUUGAGGAUGGCCGUGCAAGAGGGAUUGACUGAUGAAGAGAAUGCAAAGCUACGUCUCCAAGAGUUAGAAGCACUAGACAAAAAGAGACUCGAAGCGCAACAACGCUUAGAGUGUUAUCAAGCUCGGCUUUCGAAUGCUUUUAACAAGAAGGUUCUCUCCAGGUCUUUUCAAGUAGGAGAUCUUGUCCUCGCAUUACGUAGACCUAUCAUCACAACACACAAAACCGGAAGCAAGUUUAUUUCGAAAUGGGAUGGGCCCUACGUAGUUCAAGAAGUGUACACAAGUGGAGCUCACAAGAUCGUAGCCGAGGACAGUUUAAGAGUCGAUCCUAUCAACGGAAAGUUCUUGAAACCAUACUACGCAUGA